UUGGUUGUACGGCCCCUGCAGAGAGAUGACUUUGAUAAAGGUUAUUUACAACUUUUAUCCAAUUUAACUGAAGUUGGUGAUGUAACAAAAGAAAUGUUUUACAAACGCUUUGAUCACAUGAAAUCUUGGCAAAACAGCCAUUUUGUGACAGUGAUUGAGGAUACUUCUACCGGCAAGAUUAUAGGAAAUACUACUCUGGUUAUAGAGCAAAAAUUUAUUCAUUGUGCAACAUAUAGAGGUAGAAUAGAAGAUGUUAUAGUCGAUGAUGCGUAUCGUGGUAAACAGUUGGCAAAAAUUUUAGUUGGCAGCAUGGUUCUUCUAAGUGAAAAGGUGGAUUGCUACAAGUUGACACUAGAAUGCACCGAAGAUUAUAUGCCAUUCUAUCAGAAAUUUGGACUAGCAACGAACCAGAGUCGUUACAUGCAAAAAAAAUUUUUUGAUGUCAAAUCUUGA